CUCUGCAGCUUCAAGACUAGUAAGGGCGUGGGUUACUCGGCUCAUUUCGUGGGUAACUGUCUGGUCCUGACGUCACUGAAGGUCAAGGGAAAGGGUUACCAGCACUGCAUCAAAUAUGAAUUUCAGCCAAGAAAGUGGUACAUGGUGGCGGUGGUGUUCAUCUACAACCGCUGGAGCAAGAGUGAGAUUAAGGUGUUUGUGAAUGGCCAGCUCGCCUCAGCCACUGACAUGACAUGGCUUGUGUCCACGAAUGAGACAUGGGACAAGUGUUACAUCGGAGCCACCCCAGAGUUGGAUGAAGAGCGAGUAUUUUGUGGCCAGAUGAGCGCCGUGUACUUGUUCUCAGAGGCCCUCACCGCUCACCAGGUCUGCGCCAUGCACCGCCUCGGCCCAGGUUACAAGAGUCAAUUCCGGUUUGACAAUGAGAGUUACCUUCAGCUCCCCGACAACCACAAACGGCAGGUUCUAUAUGACGGAAAGCUGGCGGCUGCGAUUGUGUUCAUGUACAACCCCGUGGCCACUGACUCACAGCUGUGUCUCCAGUCAGCCCCGAAAGGAAACCUGUCUUACUUCGUGCACAACCCCCACGCCCUCAUGCUGCAGGACGUGAAGGCGGUGGUGACGCACAGCAUCCACAGCACCCUGAACAGCAUGGGCGGCAUCCAGGUGCUGUUCCCGCUCUUCCAGCAGCUGGACUUGCCCCACGAUGCGCCGCCCGCCAUUACCGACUACUACGCCGCCACCAAGACGCCCUCCCUCGGGUCAACGCUGGUGGGGUUCAUCUGUGAGAUGGUGGAGGGGUGCAGCACGGUGCAGCAACACAUGGUACAGAACAGAGGCUUCCUGGUGAUCUCCCACCUGCUGCACCGCGCGGCCCGUCACCACAUCACCAUGGAGGUGCUCACGGCCUUCCUCAAACUCACGAAGUUCUUGGUCACCUGCCCCAACUCCAAUUCUGACCUCCUCCUCAAGCAGCUGCUGGACCACAUCCUCUUCAACCCAUCACUGUGGAUCUACUCCCCCGUCACCGUUCAGAUGCGCCUCUACACAUACCUAGCCACAGAAUUCCUCUCGGACGCUCAGAUAUACGGAUCAGUGAGGCGUGUGUCUACGGUUCUUCAGACAAUGCACACACUCAAGUACUACUACUGGGUGGUGAAUCCGAGAGACAAGAGUGGCAUUAACCCUAAAGGACUCGACGGCCCACGCCCCACGGAGAAGGAUGUGGUCAGCCUGCGUGCCUACAUGCUCCUCUUCCUUAAACAGCUCAUUAUGAUUGGCAAUGGGGUGAAGGAAGACGAACUCCAAGCCAUUCUCAACUACCUUUCCACCAUGCAUGAGGACGAGAACCUUCAUGACGUGCUACAGAUGCUCAUGUCGCUCAUGUCGGAACACCCCUCCUCAAUGGUGCCCGCCUUUGACGCCAAACAUGGAGUUCGGACUGUCUUUAAGCUCCUUGCCUCGGAAAGCCAACUCAUCCGACUCCAGGCCCUCAAACUCCUUGGCUACUUCCUCUCGCGCUCAACUCAUAAGAGGAAGUAUGACGUGAUGAACCCUCACAACUUGUACACACUGCUGGCCGAGAGAUUGUUGGUGCACGAAGAGUCACUCACUCUCUCCACCUACAACUGUCUUUAUGAGAUCCUGACAGAACACAUUAGCCAGCAGGUGAUGUACUGCAAACACCCGGAACCUGAGUCACACUACAGGCUGGAGAACCCAAUGAUCCUGAAGGUGUGUGCCACGCUAAUCCGGCAAAGCAAGCCCUCGGAAAGCCUAAUGGAAGUGAAGAAGCUGUUUCUCUCCGACAUGACCCUCCUCUGUAACAACAAUAGGGAUAAUCGGAGAACUGUGCUGCAAAUGUCGGUUUGGCAGGAGUGGCUGAUCGCGCUGGCCUACAUCCAUCCGCGAUCCACUGAGGAACAAAAGAUCAGCGACAUGGUUUACUCUCUCUUCCGCAUGCUUCUCCACCACGCCAUUAAGUACGAGUAUGGUGGAUGGAGGGUGUGGGUGGAUACACUGGCUAUUGUCCACUCAAAGGUAUCUUACGAGGAGUUUAAGCUACAGUUUGCCCAGAUGUACGAACAAUACGAGAGACACAGGUCCGACAACAUCACUGACCCGGCCAUCAGACAGCAGCGUCCCAUAUCAACCAUAUCUGGAUGGGACAGUCGCCAGUACUACAUCAACACAGAGGUGUACAGAAAUGGGACAGAGAUUGAGAUGGAAAAAACCCCAGCAAUCGGAAAUGGCAAGAUGGCCGCUGGCGAUGACUCGGAACUCAUCUCAGAACCCAUUCCCAAAGUGCCAAUGGAGGGAGGGAGGAAAGUGGAGAGGGAGGGAAACCGAGAUGGAGCGAAUGGAGGAAACUUAGCCCAGACAAGCAAAACAACAACGCAAACACAACAGAAAACGGAAAUAGACCAAGGAACAUCAAAGAAAAUGGAGAUAGAUGGGAAACUGUCCUUAUCUUCCUCUUCGUCCUCCUCCUCCUCCUCUGCCUCCUCCUCCACCUCCUCUGCCAUGAAGAAGAUGGAGGAGAUGGGAGGGGAGAUGAAGAAUGUGGAGGUGGAGGUAGUGGACAACAAGGCACUGGAGGAGGAAAAGGGGAGAGAAAAAGUGGAGGAGAAGAGAGAAAAAGAGGAAGGAGUGAAGAUUGAAGAUUUAGCGAAAGAGGAAGUGGAGGAGAAGGAAGAGACAGAGAUAAUGAAGAAAGGGGAAGCAAGUAAAGGAGAGGAGAAGGGGAAGGAAGGAGAAGAGGAGGAGGAGGAGGAGGAGAAGAAGGAUGAAGGAAAGAAAGAGACACCCAAGGAGGAAGAGGAGGUAAUAGAAGAGAAGGAAGAGGAAGAAGGGAGGAAAGAAGACGAGAAGAGCAAGAUUGAAGGAACGGAGAAGGAGGAGGAAGGAAGGAUGAAGGAGGAGGAAGGAAAGGAGGAAAACAAAACAGUAGGAGAGAAGGAGGAAGAAGGAGAGAGAUUAAAAGAGACUAAGGAGGAAACAAGUAAAAAAGGAGAGAAGGAGGAAAAAAGUGGAGGAGAGAAGGAGACAGUGGAGGAAACAAGUGAAGAAGUUUCCUCCCUUUCUCUUCCCCCUCCACCUCCUCCACAGGAAGUCAUAGCCACCAUUUCUGGCAGCCUCCACUUGAAAGAGCAGGAGGGAAAAGUGGAAACAGGAGGUGGAGGAGGUGGAGAGGGAGACGGUGGAGGAGGUGGAGGAGAGGAUAACACGACUACCUCCACUACCUCCACUCAGGGAGAUAACAAGCUUUCCGUGGAACCGCCAGGUGGAGAAACAGGUGGAGGGGGAGAGGCAGACACACAUCCACCUACCUCCACCACCACCGCCACCACCACACAAGAAAACACCUGUGAUAAUGUACAAAACUCCACUUCCUCUUCACCUCCCUCCACUACCACCACCACCACCACCACCACUCCACCAGACACUACUACUACCACCACCGCUACCACUACUACAACUACUACUACUGAAAUACAAGAAAAACAAGAGGAACAGGGAAUUUCCCCAACAGAUACACAAGAAUCCGGGGAAUUUUCAAAUCCUCAAUCCCCUUCCUCUUCCUCCCCCCAUCCCCCCAGCACCCAGGGGAAGGAAGCCAGCCCCCCUCCACCCCCCCAAGACUCACAGGAGGAGGAGGAGAGCCCCAAGGAACAGCCAAGUACCUCAGGGGAGUCUAGUGAACCUGGGGAAACUUUGAAGGCACCUGGGGAAAAUACCCUGGAAGUUUCGACGUCUAGGGAAAUUUCCGGGGACAGUUUAGGGAAUUUACCUGCUCAAGAGGGGAAAUCUGGGGAAGAAUCUGGUGCAGGGGAGGAAGGAAAGGGGGAAACGAUAGGGAAACAGGAAGAGAAUGUCGCGGAAACAGGGAAAAUGGACGAGGCGAAGAAAACGGAGGAAGAAAAUGGAAAAACGACUCCGACCACCACUACACCAGCGAGGGAAACCGAGGAAAACAACACCACAACCACCGCCACAACCACCACCACCACAACAACAACAACAACAACAACAUCAUCAUCAUCAUCAUCAUCACCAUCAUCAUCAUCAAAAGCAACAGAAAAUGCCGACGAAAAACAACAACAACAACAACGGUCAUCAUCACCACCACCACCACAACCACCACCAUCAUCAUCAUCACCAAAAAAAGUGGAGGAAACGAAAGCAAAUCCACAAAAUCCACCACACACGUCACCUACCUCCACCUCCACCUUAUCGACUUUAUCCACUAGCACCGUGGAUAUGGCAGUAGAAACUUUAUCUCUACCCAAAGAAUUCCCCAUUUCUAACCUAAAUGUGGAGGAAGUGGAGCCAAGGGACCAGGAAUCACAAACGGAGGAGAUAGUGGAAGCAGAGAAGGUGGAGAAGGUGGAAGAGGAGACUAGAGUACAAAAGGAGGUAGUGGAGGAGGAGGUGGUGAUGGUGGAGGGCGUGGAGGUGGAGCUGGAGGAGGAGGAAGGGCGGAGAGCAGGUGUGGAGGGGAGCCUAACAAAGGACCAGGUGGAUCUGGGCCUGAGAAGACGUGGAAUUUCACUAACGACGCUGGAAAGAGAGAAAGAUAGGCAGAGCGAUAACAGCGAGAGAAAAUCAGCAUCUGUCUCUCGAAGUUCCUCUAUUGGUUCCUCCCAGUCACACUCGCGUCAGAUCUUCUCCUCAGGCCCUACCCGCCCGCCCUUCAGGAUUCCAGAGUUUCGGUGGUCCUACAUCCACCAGAGAUUGCUAUCCGAUGUCCUAUUUUCUCUAGAGACUGAUAUGCAAGUUUGGAGGAGUCACUCCACCAAAAGUGUGCUGGAUUUUGUAAACAACAGUGAAAACGCCAUCUUUGUAGUGAACACAGUGCAUCUCAUUUCCCAGUUAGCAGACAACCUCAUCAUCGCCUGUGGAGGGCUGCUGCCUCUGCUGGCCUCCGCGACCUCUCCUAAUAACGAGCUGGACGUGCUGGAGCCGACGCAGGGCAUGGGGGUGGAGGUGGCUGUGUCCUUCCUGCACCGCCUCGUCAACAUGGCCGACGUUCUUGUGUUUGCCUCUUCUCUCAAUUUCUCGGAGCUGGAAGCGGAAAAGAACAUGUCAAGUGGAGGGAUUUUGAGGCAGUGCUUGCGUUUGGUCUGCACGGUGGCUGUCCGCAACUGUUUGGAGUGUCGAGAAAGAACGAGGCUGCAAGAGGUAAACGGAGCAGGUGGAAAUGGUGGAAUCAAGCCCAUGAACAAGUCGCGUCACAUCCACUCCCUCAUCCGCGGAGCUCAGGCAUCCCCCAAGAAUAUUGUGGAGAAUCUUGGUACACAAAACAGCCCAGUGAGGGACCCAGAGAAGCUGUUGCAGGAUAUGGACGUCAACAGGCUCAGGGCAGUGAUCUACAGGGAUGUGGAGGAGACCAAACAAGCACAGUUCCUCUCCUUAGCCAUCGUUUACUUCAUCUCCGUCUUAAUGGUCUCAAAAUAUAGGGACAUUCUGGAGCCCCCCUCGAAUGCCCCAGCGUCCCCACCCCCCCCUCCGCACCCCACUCACACCAACGGGGCCUUCACGCAACACCAUUUCUCAGGCUCAGAGAGAACAGGGGAGGUGGACGAGGAUGGUGAGUACGAAGUAAUAGUGGUUGAUCAACACAAUUCAUCCAUUCUGGCAUCCGACCACUGCUCCAAUGCCUCGUCUGGUCCGCCCUCCAUCAAGUCGAACCAUACUUUAGUCUCAGCCUCCAUCCCUAAAUAUGGAUGUAAUACGUAUGGUGGAAAGAUGACCAAGCCAUUAGCCAGAUCCGCCCUCAUUAACCAUAAGGGUUCCGAGGGGGUGGAGGGCGGGAGUGAGGGAGGUGGGGGCAGUGGGGCGGGGUCUGGAGGGGUGAGCCUGAAUGAGGAGGCCCCCCACCACCCCCACCCGCACCACCCCCCUGCUGAAGACAAUUGGACUGACGUGAACCUCAACGAUGCCACGCCUGAGGAAGGGGAUGCCAAGUCACAGAAGUCAGUGUAUGGCAUGACAGAAUCAGGAAGCUGCGACAACAGCAGCGGUGGCAGCAACAGUGUGCCGCAGCCCCCACCACCCCCAGCUACCACCACCGCCACCACACAGCCAUCCCUACCACCACCACCACCACCACCACAGCCUGUACCACCACCGCCACCACCACCGCAGCAGCCAGAUCCUCAGAGCCUUGCUGGACAAAUCUCCGUGCUGCCUUCUCCGUCCAACCUCUCCGAUUCUGCCUCCGUGAAGCCCCACCGACCUGAAGACCUCAAUAUUAAGCCCUUCCUGCACUCGGACCUCCCCAUCCCUACCCCGUCCCGCGAAGCCUCCCUCACGCAGAAGCUGGAGAUGGCGCUCGGGUCGGUGUCGCCACUUCUAAGGGAGAUUAUGGUCGAUUUCGCUCCUUUCCUCUCCAAGACUCUUGUUGGUUCACAUGGGCAGGAGCUGUUGAUGGAAGGUCUGAUGACUUUCAAACACAGCCAAAGCGUGGUGGAACUGGUAAUGCUGCUGUGUUCUCAGGAGUGGCAGAACUCUCUACAAAAACAUGCUGGUCUGGCGUUCAUUGAGCUGAUUAACGAGGGCAGACUUCUCUCCCAUGCCAUGAAGGACCACAUAGUGAGGGUUGCCAACGAAGCAGAGUUUAUCCUCAACCGCAUGAGAGCUGACGAUGUUUUGAAGCAUGCCGAAUUUGAGUCCCUAUGCGCCACAACAGUAUUGGAGAGGCGGGAGGAGGAGAAAAUGUGCGAUCACCUAAUCACAGCAGCUCGCAGAAGAGACAAUGUAGUGGCUGCAAGAAUAUUGGACAAGAUCACCAACAUCCUGUCGAACAAGCACGGCGCCUGGGGUAACCUGGCGCGCUCCAUUGCUAACAAGACGACGCCCUCACAGUUCUGGAAAUUAGACUCUUGGGAGGACGACUCAAGGAGAAGGAAAAGGUUCGUUCCCAACCCCCUCGGCUCGUCCCACCCCGAGGCAACUCUCAAGGCCGCCAUUGAGCACGGGGCCCCUGAGGACGCGAUUCUCCAGGCACGGGAGGAGUUCCACGCCCAGCUGGCAGCACAGAGAAGGUCCUUACAGCAGCCACUCCAGUCUCCCGACCUUCUGGAUGACUCCGAGCUGGCCACAGAUGACAGAGACUUGGAUGCGGAUGUCACAGGCCUAGUGAACCUCAGCACAAGGGCUCGCUUAGUUGCCCCUGGCCUCACUGUUCCCGGCACUGUGUCUGUCACUGCAUCAGAGCUGUACUUCGAGGUGGACGAGGAGGACCCGGAGUUCAGGAAAGCAGAGCCUGAGGUUGUCAAAUACUGUGAACAUGUGCACGGUAAAUGGCAUUUCAGUGAGGUGCGGGCCAUCUUCAGCCGCCGCUACCUCCUGCAGAACACCGCUCUGGAGAUUUUCCUCGCCUCCAGGACUUCCGUUUUCUUCACGUUCCCGGACCAAGCCACGGUGAAGCGGGUAGCCAAAGCCCUGCCGCGGGUUGGUGUUGGCAUCAAAUAUGGCAUCCCACAGACUCGCCGCGCCUCUCUAAUGUCGCCGCGCCAGCUGUUCCGCGCCUCCAACAUGACUCAGAAGUGGCAGAGAAGAGAGAUAUCUAAUUUUGAAUAUCUGAUGUUUCUCAAUACUAUCGCUGGACGGACGUACAAUGACCUCAACCAGUACCCUGUGUUCCCCUGGGUGCUCACCAACUUCGACUCCCCAGAGCUGGAUCUCUCCCAGCCCUCCAACUACAGAGACCUGUCCAAGCCCAUUGGAUCGCUCAACCCAUCUCGUCGCGCCUUCUUUGAGGAGCGUUAUUCAUCCUGGGACCACGAUCAGAUUCCACCCUUCCACUACGGCACUCAUUACUCCACCUCCGCCUUCACUCUCAACUGGCUCAUCAGAUUGGAGCCAUUCACCACCAUGUUCCUGUCACUGCAAGGAGGCAAGUUUGACCACCCCAACCGUCUCUUCUCCUCCGUGGCGACCGCGUGGAAGAACUGUCAGCGCGACACUUCUGAUGUGAAGGAGUUGAUACCAGAGUUUUACUACCUGCCGGAGAUGUUUGUGAACUGGAACCGGUACAAGUUGGGUGCCACAGAGGAGGAGGGCGUGGUGGAUGACGUGGUGCUUCCCCCCUGGGCUACCUCCCCUGAGGAGUUUGUGCGCAUCAACAGAAUGGCACUGGAAUCGGAGUUCGUGUCCUGCCAGCUUCACCAGUGGAUUGAUCUAAUCUUUGGGUACAAGCAGAGGGGCCCAGAAGCAGUAAGGGCCACAAAUGUAUUCUAUUACCUCACUUACGAAGGCUCUGUUGAUCUCGACACCAUACAAGACCCAGUAAUGAGAGAGGCGAUUGAGAACCAGAUCAAGAAUUUUGGUCAAACACCGUCCCAACUGUUGAUGGAACCCCACCCCCCAAGGUCAUCCGCCAUGCACCUGUCACCCCUCAUGUUCUCUGGGGUGUGUGAGGACGUGUGUAUGGUGAUGAAGUUUGUAAGCAACUCCCCGAUCUGCCACAUCUCAGCCAACACGUACCCGCAGCUGCCCCUUCCUUCUGUCGUCACCAUCACCAACAGUCACCACUUCGCCGUCAACCGCUGGAACACUAACUACUCUGUCAAUGUGCAAAGUCCGAGCUAUGCAGAGGGCACCCAGUCACCCUCCACACUGCUGCCACUCUCCAUGGACCCUGUGCUGCAGCAAGCUGCCUCAAACACCUCCAGCAGUAACAACAGCACCAGUCAACUGAAACGGCAUCUCGGUGACAAUUUCAGCCAGAAGGUUCGGAUGAGGAGUAACUGUUUCGUGACCACCGUGGACUCCAGGUUCAUCAUCGCCUGCGGGUUCUGGGACAACAGUUUCCGAGUCUUUAACACAGAGACAGCCAAGAUCGUGCAGAUUGUGUUUGGUCACUAUGGGGUGGUGACUUCCCUGAGCCGAAGUGAAUGUAACAUCACCAGCGACUGUUACGUAGCAUCCGGCUCACAUGACUGUACCGUUCUGCUUUGGCACUGGAACGCCAGGACCCAGAUGAUCAUGGGCGAGGGGGACGUUCCCACACCCCGAGCCACACUGACUGGGCACGAGACAGAGGUGACUGCUGUUGUCAUAUCGGCAGAGCUCGGCCUUGUUGUAUCGGGAUCUAAAGACGGACCCGUGCUGAUCCACACAACCUCUGGGGACCUGCUGCGAUCCCUGGAGGCCCCCACCGGGUUCCUGUCCCCUGAGAACGUGGCCCUGUCCCGCGAAGGUCUAGUGGUCAUCAACUACGACAGGGGUCACGUUGCGGCCUUCACCAUGAACGGCAAGAGGCUUAGACACGAGUCGCAUAAUGAUAACAUCCAGUGUGUGAUCCUGAGCCGUGACGGGGAAUACAUGAUGACAGGUGGAGAAAAGGGAAUUGUGGAAGUGUGGCGGACUUUCUCCCUGGCCCUUCUGUAUGCCUUCCCCACCUGCGACUCUGCCAUCCGCUCCCUUGCCCUCUCCCACGACCAGAGGUUCCUAAUGGCCGGCCUCUCCACGGGAUCAAUUGUCGUUUUCCACAUCGACUUCAACAGAUGGCAUCACGAAUUCCAGCAGCGAUAUUGAACGUGACCUGACCCGACCUGACUUGACCUCGACCCAAGCCUGACCUGCCAUAACCUCUCACCUCUCUCUCACCUGUACUUAAUGAGACGCAGGUGAUCUGAAGGUCGUUUAUUUGAUUUUAUUUAUGUGUCUGUUUGAUUCUGCUGCUACUACUAGUACUACUGUUUCUAUUGCUACUACUACUAUUACUACUACUACUACUACUACUACUACUAUUGCUGCUGCUAUUACUGCUGGGAAGUUUAUGUUAUUGUGAGAGGAGGAAUAGUUGCGUGUAGGAUAAGAUUUAAGUGUCAUUGAGAAAAUAUUUUGCUUUUUUUCAUUGCCUUGGAAAUAUCUUUAUAUAAACUAUUUAUUUAUGUGAAAGGAGGAAAAAACAACAAGAUAUUCCUGUUUGUCUGAUACACACACACACACACACACACACACACACACUCACACAUGUACGCAUACUCAUACCUACAUCGCAGUCAGCUAGUGUGUGUGUGUGUGUGUGUGUGUUCAUAAGCUUUUGUGAAUUACGUUUUGAAAGAUGAAGUAAAAAAAAAACAAAGGCAAUGGUUUAGAAAGUUUUAGUCAAUAAGAAACUUACAUUAAAUUUUUUUGUAUAAAUUUUGUGGUUAAUUAGGAAAAUGUCAGAGAGAUUUUUCUUUUCUUUUUUUUCUUUUCUUUUUUCUCCCUCUGAAAGUGAUUUUGAUAGUGUUGUGAAAGAAAAUGGCGAGAAUUGAGUUAUAUAUAUAGAAUUUGUGUUAUUUUGUUUAAUUUUGAAGGAAUUGUUUAUUUUAAUUGUAAUGUGUGUGUGUGUGUGUGUGUGUUUGCUUCAUAAACAUUCCAUUAACAUAGAUGGGGAUUGUAUGAGAAAGAGAGAGAGAGAGAGAGAGAGGGAUUUUAUUUUGUAUAUCUGUACAUAUAUUUUAUUGUAUUUUUUUAGAUUGGUGUGUGUGUGUGUGUGUGUGUGUGUGUGUGUGUGUGUGUGUGUGUGUGUGUGUUUCUCCUCCCUAGCAUUCUUUUCUUUCUGUUUUCUUUGCAUGUCAUUUUUUAACACACACACACACACACACACACACACACACACGCACACACCUGGUCACGUUAGUUUUGGCAUAAUUAAUACAUUAUUAUUAUUAUUAUGAUUAUUAUUAUUAUU